AGCAGUAGCUGCUAAGCUCUUUUUUAGUGGACUGUUCCCAUGUAUAAGCCCAAAGGAAGUACUUUAGCAGCUGUGCUUAACCAACUUAAGGUGAAGCUGUUGGCAGAAGCUGGUAUGCUGAAGCCUAGUAGAAAGAAGAGGAAACAAAUGUUAAAGAUUGGACAUGGUGGGAUUCUGGACAUUGAUGCCUCAGGAGUACUAGUUGUUGACAUUGGAAAAGGGACUAAAAUGCUGAGCAGCAUGUUGGCAAGUUCUAAGAAAUACACAGCUGUUGGGGAAUUUGGAAAGGCAACUGACACAUUAGAUUUUACAGGCAAAGUAACAGAAAAAAACCCUUACGAUGGGAUAACAAAAUAAGAUUUUGAGAAUGUCUUGCAGAAGGUUACAGGGAGCAUCAUGCAAGUUCCCCUACUAUACAAGGAUCCAGAAGGGGAUGGGUAUCAGAAUGGAAGGGUCAUGUGUGAACCGGGUGAUAAGAUGUAUGAUCUUGAAUGUGGCGGCAGCUUUUAUGUCAGAAGCUUGGUCAACGACAUCAGCAAAGAGCUGUCCUCUUGUGCCACUAUGCAGGAGCUGACCCGAACCAAACAGGGAUCGUUUAUACUGGAAGAGCAUGUUCUUUAUGAAGACAAAUGGACAAUUGAUGAAAUUGCCAAGUCCCUGGAGUGUUGCAUGCCUCUUCUUCAGGAAGAACCAUCUCGUAAAAAAUUAAAGACAGAGCUGUCUGAAGAACACACCAUGAACUCUGGAGAUAAGUGAUAAGUCAGGUCAAGGAAAAAGACGGAAGGACUGAGUCGUUUUAAGAUUGCUCUGGGAUUGUCUUGUCUUCUGUAAAUUUACAGUCCAGUAUGUGGAGGAUGACAAAUUACAAAGCAAUGAAAAUGAUACCUUUCUAUCUCUUCUGUUCACGCUGAAACACACACGAUAGUCCAGCAUUUAUUUCCUCUCAUAAUGUCCGUAUUGCAUUGUAAACCUAUUUGUCAGGUAAGCAGACUCAUCACUUCACCCAUGAAAAGAACUUGCAGGACACUCUUAAAAUAUGAAUCUGCUCCCAUGUAUUUGUUUGUUUGUUUAGAUGCUUAUGUCCCACUUUUAAAAAUAAAACACCUUUGCAAAGUGG